UCGGAAGACUGGCGGCGCAGGCGCAUACUGCUCUUCCUUAAGGGCGGGAGUCUCGGUUUGUGGUGGCUUUGCUGAGGGCAGUUGUGGCCGCCCUACCGUUAGAAGCUCAGUUUCCCGGAGGCUGUAAGUCCCUUUGAGGCGAAAUGGCUCCGGGCGAGAAAGGAGCAGGCUUUGGCAAUGGAAGGACCGCCGCGACCUCAGGUUGACCGUAGGGAGGGAUCUUGAGGGCCCUCCGAGUCCCCUGGGUUUGCGCUUUCUUUCUUCGCAGCCGCCGUGCCUACCGCGAGGAUGAGCUCGGCUUCGGUCACUGCUUUCGAGAAGGAGCAUCUCUGGAUGUAUCUGCAGGCGCUCGGCUUCGAGCCAGGCCCGGCAACCAUUGCCUGCGGAAAGAUCGUGUCGCACACGCACCUCGGAGUGAACAUGUUUGACAAGCUGAACCGUGAUGCCUUUCAUAUAGUUUCUUAUUUUUUGUUUCAAGUUCUGGACCAGUCUCUCACCAAAGAAGUUUUCAAAUUUUGUUGGCCCCCAUUUGACCAAAAAAGUGAUACUGAAUUCCGAAAACAUUGCUGUGAAUGGAUAAAAAGGAUUUCUGGUGAAUGUGGAAGUAGCUUUCCUCAAGUUGUUGGUUCACUAUUUCUUUCUCCUGGUGGUCCUAAGUUUAUUCAUCUGAUGUAUCAUUUUGCAAGAUUUGUUGCAAUGAAAUAUAUUAAAUCCAAUUCUAAAAAUUCUUCUCAUCAUUUUGUAGAGACAUUUAACAUAAAACCACAGGACUUGCACAAAUGCAUUGCCAGAUGCCAUUUCGCACGUAGCAGAUUUUUACGAAUUUUACAAAGAGAAGAUUGCGUUACCCAAAAAUAUCAGGAAAAUGCACAAUUAUCAGUUAAGCAGGUACGAAACCUGAGAUCUGAAUGUAUAGGACUGGAAAACCAAAUAAAGAAAAUGGAACCCUAUGAUGACCACAGUAAUAUAGAAGAAAAAAUUCAAAAGGUUCGGUCUUUGUGGGCUUCAGUGAAUGAAACACUCAUGUUUUUGGAAAAAGAGAGAGAAGUUGUUAGUUCGGUCCUUAGUUUUGUUAACCAAUAUGCUUUAGAUGGAACUGAUGUUGCUAUUAAUAUUCCAAGGCUCUUACUUGACAAGAUUGAGAAACAAAUGUUUCAGUUGCAUAUAGGAAAUGUUUAUGAGGCUGGAAAACUGAACCUCGUGACAGUUGUUCAGUUAUUAAAUGAAGUCUUGAAAGUGAUGAAGUAUGAACGGUGUCAGGCUGAUGAGGCAAGAUUGACGGUAGACCUUCACUACCUUGAAAAAGAGACCAAAUUUCAGAAGGAAAGAUUAUCAGAUCUGAAGCAUAUGAGGUAUAGAAUAAAAAAUGAUCUCACAACUAUAAGACAAUCUGUUGUUGUAAAGCAAGGAGAAUGGCAUAAAAAGUGGAAAGAAUUUCUUGGUUUGUCUCCUUUCAGUCUAAUUAAAGGUUGGACUCCAUCUGUAGAUCUUUUACCACCAAUGUCUCCCCUUUCGUUUGAUCCUGCCUCAGAAGAAGUAUAUGCAAAGAGUAUUCUUUGUCAGUAUCCUGCUUCACUUCCAGAUACACAUAAGCAACAUAACCAAGAAAAUGGUUGCAGAGGAGACAAUAAUACUUUGGGAGCUCUACAUGAUCUAGCCAACAGCCCUGCCUCUUUCUUGUUGCAGUCAGUUUCAUCAUCAGAUAGAAACAGUGUUACACUACUUGAAAAGGACACAAAGAUGAGAACUCCCAAAGAAAAAAACGAAGCAAUUUCUAAGAAAAUACCAGAAUUUGAAGUGGAAAAUUCUCCAUUAUUAGAUGUUGCAACGAAUACAGAGAGUAGUGCAUUUGGAGGGUCUCUGCCAGCUAAAAAAAUUGAUCCAUUUCAAAAAGAGCAAGAUCAUCUGGUAGAAGAGGUGAGAAAGACUAUAAUGAGUAUACUUAAAUAUCAGUUAUUGGAUGGGCACAUAACUGAAAUUAGGAGCUCAUGGAGAAAAGCUAUUGAAAUGGAAGAAAACAGAACUGUAGAACCAACUCAAAUGGAUGCUGAACAUAGAGAAGUAUUGCCAGAAUCAUUACCUGUGUUGCACAGUCAAAGAGAAUUUAGCAUGGACGAUUUUCUCUUAGAAACCACUGUGUCAGAUUUUGGCCAGUCUCAUUCGACUGAAGAGAAAGUUGUUUCAGAUUGCAAGUGUAUGCCUCAGAAACCUGUGCUGACCAGUCACAUAGAUGAACCACCAACACAAAAUCAAUCAGAUUUGUUAAAUAAGAAAGUAAUUUACAAGCAAGAUUUGGAAUGUUUAGCCUCCACCAAGCUUUCAGAAACUAGCCAAAUGGAGACAUUCUCCCCUGCUGUUGGCAAUAGGAUAGAUGUGAUGGGAGGCAGUGAAGAGGAGUUUAUGAAAAUACUGGACCACUUAGAAGUUUCUUGUAACAAACCUUCCACAAAUAAAACUAUGUUGUGGAACUCUUUUCAGAUACCAAGUGGAAUUAGUUCUAAGAGUUUUAAAGAUAAUGAUUUUGGCAUAUUACACGAAACUCUUCCGGAAGAAGUUGGUCACCUAAGUUUUAAUAGUUCCAGUAGUUCAGAGGCCAAUUUUAAACUGGAGCCAAAUAGUCCUAUGCAUGGUGGCAUUCUUCUAGAAGAUGUUGUGGGAGGGAGACAGACUACUCCAGAAUCAGACUUCAAUUUACAGGCUCUUCGCAGUAGAUACGAGGCUCUGAAGAAAUCUCUUUCCAAGAAAAGGGAAGAAUCUUACCUCUCGAAUUCCCAAACACCCGAAAGACACAAACCAGAGUUGAGCCCUACUCCCCAAAAUGUACAAACAGAUGAUGUGCUUAACUUUUUGGACACCCGUGAUUUGCAUACUGACCAUAGAAAGACAUCUUUACCCAUGUCCAUCGGUGAAAGAAAACGGUCUCUUUCACCACUAAUUAAGUUUUCUCCAGUGGAACAAAGAUUGAGGACCACAAUAUCAAGUAGUCUUGGAGAACUACCUAAUUUAAAAGAAGAAGACAUUUUGAAUAAGAGCCUUGAUGCAAAAGAACCACCGUCUGACUUGACAAGAUGAAGACAUACCUAUUUAAUAUAACUAUGAUGCACUUAAAUUGAAGCUAUGCCAGAGGAUAGAAACUGAAUUAUAACUUAAAUACAUGUUGGAAGUGUAACACUGUUUUUCAGAGUUUUACAAAAAUUCCAAAUGCCUUUUAGCCUUCUUUAGUAUUUUUAGGUAAGGAAAGUAUGUUUGGAUUUUUUCUCUUUGUAGGUAUAUGAGAUUGAAAUGUGAAGUAUUUGGAAAACAAACGUCAAGCAAUGGGAAGCCAUUUUGAUUUCUUGAGUAAUCUUGUAAGCAUUAAGUGAAUGACAAAGUAGUAGUGUAACUAAUUUCUUAUGUUAUAACUUCAGUCAAUUAAUAUAAGGAUGAGUAGUUUUUGUUGUCUGUUCACUAAGUGGUUAAUAUAAUAGCCAUUGAAUAUACUAAUCUUUCAUCUUAGAGAACUAUACAACUUUUAUUGUUUCUUAUGGAACAUUCUGGCUAACCAGAAAAAGUGAGAAAAGUAGUACCUUGGGAUGUGUAGUCAAGAUGACAAAUUUUAAGACUGGAAAAGCUCUAAACAGGCUUAGUGAUUAUUCAAGUAGAAUGAUCCUGAGAAGUGAUGUUUGGUGGAAUAAAGUGCAUGUGAUGAUUAAGUGAAGACUGGGGCAGAAUGAUUUUAAAAAAGGAAAAAGAUGGAAGAAGAUGAGUAGACACUUGUAAGGAACACUGUCAAACUAUAAAUCCAUUCAGUGGGUUGUAUAACAUUUAUAUUUAGUCUAAUUUAGACUUUGAUAAUUUAACUUAAUCCUACUUUUAUAUUUUAACAAAAAUAUAAAUUAAAAUUUUCAUUAGUCUGUUUUGUUGUUGAGUUAUUUUGUACUCUCUGUUGAGAGAAAGGAAUAAGGAAUAACCAUCAAAAUUCCUCAGUCCCUACAGAAUAGCCCCACAAUACCUUGAGAAAACUGAACUUGGAGUUAAAUAACUUGUCACACUUGUAGUCUCCUGCCUCACUCCUUCAGGUGCCCUGCCUAGAAAAAGACUUGGGUCUAGCAUCCAAGUGAACACAUACUAUUGCCCUCUGUGAACCAGGAGGAAUGGAACAGGCACUGGAAGGGUGAUGUACCUACAAUACCCUUUGUAGUCCGCAUCUCACAACCAUCAAAAUCUUGUCCACUAGCCCCCAAAAAACUGGCAAGGAAAGAAGGUGGAGGGGAAAUUUAUGGAAGUAGAUGGCUUAAUAGUUCAUCUCUCUUCAUUUAUCUUGGACUGUCUUUCUCUAAGUUGUUUAUCCUGUCCCAGUGUGAAGACUCAUCUUUUUGUGAGAAAAGACAAAAGGAAGCACAUGUAACUACCUUCUUUGCAAUGGAAAAGGAGAAGAAAAAUAUCUUCUAAGUUGCUGUUUUCUUUUAUUAGUUAAUAAAACAAAUCAGGGACUAUGCAGGUCUAUGGGGAAACCUUUAGUCUGCUUUAAGAAAACUCAGUAUCUGAAAAUCUUAACUUAGCAUGUAACGCUAUCAUAUCAGCAUCUGCAGAAGUGCCAAUGCCAUUGCUAGACACUUAAUGUGUAUUAUUUCAUUUAAUUAUAUUUUAAAUGUGCUUCCUUAGUAAUUCUUAAGCUCAAGAAAGAGUUUGAGAACUGCUGCUAGGAAAUAGAGAUUCACAUUUAACCCUGUGGUACUUUUAAGAAGCAGGUAUGUUGUUACAUAUAUACUUCGGUAGAAAUUGUUAACUAUUGAUAGGGAAGCUCAAGUUCGCCACUCAAGUCUGAGAAACCCUUAAUUACUGAGAAUCAAAUGAGCAGAAUGUCUGUAGACAUUUUGGAUUUGUAAAAAUCACGUUGUUGAGUUAUACCUGUGAUAGGCUGAAAGUUUUUGGCAUUCUUUCCUGUUCUUCAUAUGCCAGUACCAUAAACAAAAAAUAUCUCAGAUCUGUCACUUUCUUCCCCUAAACCAAAGUGAUUGCAGCUUUUUGCCUGCAGCCUUUUUCCUAUCCAAUAUCUCCUGCAGAGUUACCUUUUGAUCUUAAGAACUGUGUUGAUUGGGUCACUUCCUUGCCUAAAAUUCCACUAAUGGUUCAUUGUUAAUUCUAAAACAGAGUUCAAAUUUAAAGGCAUGUAAGUUCCCCUAUAGCAGAUUUCUUCUAUACCCCCUUCUGCUGUAAUCUCCCAUUUUUUUUACUGAAAUGCUUCAGUGAGCAUGGGUCUUUAGAGGUCUUGGUUUACAGUUUUUCUGAAGCAGGAAUACCUUGCCUUCCUCUACUGGUUUACCACAAUUACAGCUCUCUUUUAAGCCUCAGAAAAAAUGUCACUUCCACCUUGAAGUCUUAAUCCACGCUUUUUAUAUCCAUGUGCCUAUUCCUUCUCUGAAAUCUCCUGUGGUUUAUCUUAACUUUUUAUUCAUUUUAUGUCCCACUAAUUGAUUUUAUUAUAGAUUUUUUAUGGUUGCAUGUGGUCUCUCUAGUUAUAGCAAUAUAUACACACAUACAUAAAUACACACCUAUGUAAAUGUGUGUCGGGAGUAUGUAUUCACACAUAGAUACCCCAAGGCCAUGUGUCAUCUUUAUCAAUUAUUUAAGUUUUGGAAUUGUUUAGUUUGCCUCCUAUAUCAUGGAAUAAAUGGUAAAGAGAGCUAAUUCAUUACUGUAAGUGGAUUUCUCAUUACAUUCAUAUCAGACAUUAUAUAGAAUGUACUGUUUUGUUCACUGUAAGAUACAAAGGUGUAUAAACUGACUUCUACAUCAGCUUGAAACCUGAGAUAAUGUUAAAAUGUUCUAGUUAUUUUAAAUGUUUAAAGAGAACCACCAUAUAAUGUUGCUAAACAUGAAAAAUGUCAUCAAGUGGAAUAAAGAAUAGUUGAAGUUAACAUUUGGGGGAAAUUGAACUGAAAACAAAAAUACGAGUAUUUUGAAACCUUUUCUUUACCAUGAGUCUCUUGACUAUGAAGUCAAAUUUAUCUAAAGGAAAAACAGGAAUUCUGGAGACCUGUGUAAAAGCAGACUAUUAUCUUCCUACUGUGAGCGUACUAAAAUUAAAAUAUGUUUAAUGACAUUUUCCUCAAUGUAGAAGUAUUGAAGUAAAUGUUGCUUUUAUGUUGCAGAUACAUAGUUGCUCUAGAGAUCACCUUUUUCUUUAGGCACUGUGAAUAGCCAGUCUGCAUCCUAAGUUGAAAAUAUUUGAGAAUCCUCUAUGGGAGUCUUUGUAAAUAUUUUAAAUACUGUUGUUUUCAAUAAAUAUUUUAUACUA